GCACAUCUGAUACUCUGCGUUCUAUCGUGCUGAGGUGCCUUGAAGCAGUCAAAGAUAUUUGACCGGUCGACCCUUGCUUGGCAUGUUGCUUUAUCAUGGUGCUGUUGGCUGAAGGCCUGGCUCUAUACUAGCGCCUCCAUCCUACUCUCUCUUAUACAUGGACUCACAAACCUUCAUUAAUCUCUCAACCAUCAUCCAGUCCCAGAAUUAUUUUUUCGCAUCACUGGUGGCUUCUUGGGUCUACGAUUGUUUCCUAAUCUUGGACCAGGAGGUAUCUUUGAUUCAUCGGCCACGGUGGAGCAAAGGAAGUAUUCUUUAUAUCGUGACGAGAUACAUGCCAGCCUUGAUGCUCUCUGUACACUUAUGCAUGAACUAUCUCCCGAAUGAAAAUAUUGUGACUUGUAAAAUUCUACAGUCAAUGUGGUAUUGUACUGCUGCAUUGUGCAUCACCGGUGCAGAAAGUAUCUUCAUCCUUCGUACCUAUGCAUUAUGGGGACAAAAGAAAUCCAUUCUGGGCCUUUUGUUGUUAACGGGACUGUGCCUGACGAUAUUGAACAUGGUAAUAAUACUGAAGGUUUGGGGCCAGUCGGAACUCCAACUAUCAGACAUAGGUGGCGGUUGUUACUCACUAUCCCACGACACAAAGGCUGCAUAUAAUUGGUCACUUAUAGCAGCAUUCGAGCUUGAGGUCAUGGUACUCACCAUGAUUCGUGUAUAUUGGGCAUACCGCGAAAGAGGGUAUCGGCUGCUCAAUAUCCUUCUACAACACAACAUCUUUUACUUCGGAACUGGGCUAACGCUAUCUGUGCUCAAUCUUUUAGCCUUUGAACUGCUAUCGUUCAACUCCUCAAAUAUGUUUGCAACAUUUCAAAUCGUCAUGCAUACGAUCCUCGUGACUCGGAUGCACCUACGGUUUUGCAACACCAUUUGCGACUCCCCUGAGCCCGGAACCACAUCACACUCUCAAUUGACAGAUAUUGAACUUCAGGCGCGUUCGCAUUCGAAUGCAUGAUGAUUCGAUGGAAUCUGUACAUCUCAUUUUCAUUCCGGCAUUUUUUUCUGUUGUGUUGCGA